AGUAUAUAUAAAGAAGAAGAAGAAGAAGAAAUUCGCCAUUGUUGAAGAUUUUGAAAUGCCAGGCUUAACUUGUAACGCUUGUGACAAGGAAUUUGUUGAUGAUACUGAGCAAAAGCUUCAUUACAAAUCUGAAUGGCACCGAUACAAUCUUAAACGCAAGGUUGCAGGAGUUCCUGGAGUGAGAGAGACUAUUUUUCUAGCCAGACAAGCUGCACUUGCAGAAGAGAAGGAAAAGUUAAGUGAAACUCCAUUGCUAUAUGCCUGUGGUCUGUGUGACAAAGAGUAUAGAAGCUCCAAGGCUCAUGCUCAGCAUCUGAAAUCUAAAAGUCACCUAGUACGGGCUUCUCAACAACCAGGUCAUCCUAAUGAGAAUAGUGUUACAAUCAAGCCGCUUCUACGCCACUCUCGAAAUGAAACUUCACGCAAGGCUAAAGAGGAUGUUAUUGAGGAGAAUGAUGAAAGUGAUGAAAGUGAAUGGGAGGAGGUUGAUCCAGAUGAAGAGAUGAUUAGUGAAGCCACCGAUUCUUUGACAGACUUGAAGAUGGAUGAGCAUACAUCUAAUGGCAAUAUGGAUGAAGAUAGUGAUGAUGAAUACGUUGGGAACUUAGAACCGUCGUGUUGCUUCAUGUGUGAUAAAGAACACAAGACCAUUGAGAGCUGCAUGGUUCACAUGCACAAGAAUCAUGGAUUCUUCAUACCUGAUGUUGAGUAUCUGAAGGAUCCCAAAGGGUUCCUCACUUACCUUGGUCUCAAGGUUAAAAGGGAUUUCAUGUGCUUAUAUUGCAACUACAGAUGUCUACCUUUCAGCAGUUUAGAAGCAGUUCGGAAGCAUAUGGAAGCAAAGAAUCAUUGCAGAGUGCAUUAUGGUGAUGGCGAUGAUGAUGAAGAAGCUGAAUUAGAAGAGUUUUAUGACUAUAGCAGCAGCUUUGUUGAUGAAUCUGGGAAACAGCUCAUUUCAUCGGAUGACACGGGCAACAGUGUGGAACUUGGAAGUGGUGGAUCUGAGCUCAUAAUAACAAGAAGAAAUAAUGAUGGAAGAUCUGUUAGGACUCUUGGAUCAAGAGAGUUUUUGCGAUACUACCGACAGAAACUGAGGCCUACACGGACCAAUGAUGUGGCUAUAAGUGCUGCAUUAGCUGCAAGGUACCGAAGCAUGGGUCUUGCAACUGUGCAGUCAAGAGAGCAAAUGGUUAAGUUGAAGGUGUUGAGAGCCAUGAACAAGUCUGGUGUGGAGAUAAUGCGCAGUAAGAUUGGCAUGAAAAGCAACGUCAUUCGCAACCUCCCUAAGAAUAUACCAUAUUAGUCCUUUCGAUAGUAAUAUUAGCCUUCUAAGAGAUUGUUUUGGUGUUUCUGUUAUUCCAACUUGUGUAAUUCCUCAUACUUUAUAACUUUUUGGUUUGUAUUCUCAUAUAGAUUGUUUGGAAGUGACUUUUAUAUCUAUUUCUAGCCCUGUUACGGUCAAUU